ACUUGUGAACUGCCUUAAUGAAGUAGCAUCGUUGAUAAUUAACUGAACCGUGUCUUGAUGCCAAUACAAAUGGACGUGUGUGAUAAACAUACUGAAUCAAUGCAUUUGUAGAAAUUUGUGUACUGUUUGUACUUGCUGACUUACAAAAGUCAGUCUGAUUCAAAAGGAAUAUUGUAUUACUCCUUUAUUAUAAAAGGAAGUGAAAAUAAUCAUAGUUACACAGAAAAAGUUGACCGUCAGUCAUUAAGAAACCAUUGAAUUAAAUUCAGCGUGUAAAUUUUAUCAACGUUGAAAAUACACGAUGUCCACUGACUUCUACAUACGUUACUACGUCGGUCACAAGGGGAAAUUCGGUCACGAGUUUCUGGAAUUCGAAUUUAGACCGGACGGUAAACUGAGAUAUGCAAACAAUUCAAAUUAUAAGAAUGAUACUAUGAUUCGAAAAGAAGCUUACGUGCACCAGUGCGUAAUGGAGGAACUGAAAAGGAUCAUUCAGGAUUCUGAAAUCAUGCAAGAAGAUGAUUCUUUAUGGCCACAACCUGACCGAGUUGGCCGUCAAGAAUUAGAGAUUGUAAUUGGGGAUGAACACAUAUCAUUUACCACUUCAAAGACUGGUUCUUUAUUGGAUGUUAAUCAAUCACGGGACCCUGAAGGACUACGUUGCUUUUAUUACUUAGUACAGGAUUUAAAGUGCUUAGUAUUUUCCUUGAUAGGGUUACAUUUCAAAAUAAAGCCUAUAUAAGCAUGUAUAAUUAUGUUCACACUUUAUUCCAGAUUUAAGUAAACUUGAUUGUAAGAAAAUAUAUAAUAACUUUUCUUUGUC